GCUAACCCACCACUCCACCGAGUACCCACCACCACCACCGUCGCGAGCCGCACGUCAGAGGUCAGACAAUGGCCACCGCCACAGCCGCCGCGACUUCUUCCUUCCUCGGAACUCGCCUUCACGACGUGCACACGAACUCCGGCAAGUUCCAGGCCAGAUUCGGGUUGCCGUUCGGCACGAAGAAAUCUCCUCCGCCGAAGAAGACCGCGCCGUCGAAGCCGACUUCGGACCGACCGCUUUGGUUCCCCGGUGCGAAAGCCCCCGAGUGGCUCGAUGGAAGCAUGGUUGGUGACUUCGGAUUCGACCCUUUCGGACUGGGGAAACCCGUCGAGUACUUGCAGUUCGAUUUGGACUCGUUGGACCAGAACUUAGCGAAGAACCUGGCUGGUGAUAUAAUAGGAACUCGGACCGAGAGCUCAGAUGUGAAGUCGACUCCAUUCCAGCCCUACAGCGAGGUGUUUGGGUUGCAAAGAUUCCGCGAGUGUGAACUCAUUCAUGGCCGGUGGGCCAUGCUGGGCACACUCGGUGCCAUCGCCGUUGAAGCCCUCACCGGCGUUACCUGGCAAGAUGCCGGAAAGGUUGAGUUGGUGGAGGGAUCAUCCUACCUUGGCCUUCCUCUUCCAUUCUCACUAUCCACAUUGAUAUGGAUUGAAGUUCUACUGGUCGGAUACAUUGAGUUCCAGAGGAACGCAGAGCUCGACCCAGAAAAGAGGUUGUACCCAGGUGGGAAGUACUUCGACCCUCUCGGCUUGGCCGCCGACCCGGAGAAGAAAUCGAGGCUCCAGUUGGCGGAGAUCAAGCAUGCUCGUCUGGCCAUGGUUGCGUUCCUGGGCUUCGCCGUGCAAGCCGCAGUCACCGGUAAAGGUCCGGUCAACAACUGGGCUACGCACUUGAGCGACCCACUUCACACGACCAUCAUUGAUCGUUUCACUUCCACCUCUUGAAAAGCUCCUCUCUCUUUUUUGUACCGGCGCGGGGACUUUUUGCGCUAGCUUUUGCAUUGUUAUUUGUAUCUCCACCAUCAUCAUCUGUAAAAACUUUGACAGUAUUAUGUGAGAUGUUACUACAUAAUAACUGCAUAUAGUUUGUUUAUAUUAUAA